AUGAUAUCUCUGCUUCGUUUUUAUGAUUCUCUCUGGCCUCCUCUCCAUGCCGUCAUUCUCAAUAUCCCACCAUCGAGGCUUCCUCUCUUCCCCUCUUUAGCUGGUGCAGCAUGGUUUGUGACUCUGGCAGGACUGAUUCUAACAUGGAUCGCCCAUGGGACGCCUCAAUAUCCAGGACAGAGUAACCCCGAUGUUGCAUUCAUCUCAGACAUCGCAUCCUUCCAACUAAAGCCACUCUUUCUUAUUGGAACGUCCAUAACCGCCGUCUGUUUUGUCAUCACCGUAGCUGCGGUCCAUGUUGUCCGCUAUGAGCCUGGGUUCGCUUUGGUUAGAUGUCCUGGGUAUAACGAAGACGAUAUGAUUGACAAUAAUGAUAAUGGUAUAAACGAAACUAACAACAGCAAUGAUGAUGAUGACAUCGAUGAAGAGGAUGAUAACAUCGCCAAAACCCUUCGGGUGAUCUCCCUCUUAUCCAUAUUUGCUGCAGGCGUGGCCAGCACAGCUCUCAUCUUACUGGCUAUCAUGGAUACAUUUCGGUAUCAUCACGCCCACAAAUUCUUUCUUCGAAUCUGUUUUGCCGGACUGGCUUUACAGGCAGCAGGCACUGCAAUAGUGUAUGCAAACGAGGUCGUCGGGUUUGUGUACUUUCUGUAUAACGGGGGACGUUGGCAACACAAUUGGGGGAAUAGGAGUUUAAGAGUAAGAGUCUUUGCCUCGUUAUCAACAGGCCUGAUCCUCUUGGAGGUAUUCCUUGGUGCGGCUUUCAUCGCCCUUGAAGAGGACCGCUCGUACCGGACUGCUGGUAUCCUCGAAUGGAUCAUUGCUUUUCUAGGGACUGGGUAUCUAUGGCUAUUUUGCGGAUUUUUUGAUAGGUAA